AUAUACAUGUGCAAAGUCAAAAAAAUGUCAUAACUGUAGCUGAGUCCAUCGAAAUAUUAUCAAGAUGGCAAAGUUCGGGGUUCUCGCUUGUCUACUGCUACUGGCAUGCGUGGGCCAGGGUGCAGAACUAUCGCAGUACCAGUUACAAGUUACAAAAAUACAAUACAAUAUUACAUCUAAGAUAUAUGAUGUAAUCGACAUUCUUGAAGAUAAUGUAAAAACAUCAACACUGAAACUAAAUUCUCUCAUCUCAACAUUUGACACUGAUGCUAACACGACGUGCAGCACCGCGAACUCCACUGUUCAAAGUAUUAUCAACAACAUAGACGCUCAGACCGCAGCAUUAAUAAAUGCAGCCACUGAUGUGAACGCUGCUGAAUGUUCCAGCUACUCCAACAACUUCAAGAACGCGGUGACGCUAGUAAAAACCGAAUGCAAUCAAUGCGUUAAUACAAUAAUCGAAAAUGUCGAGGAUCAGAUUACUGCCUUCAAAGCCAAGGUCACGGGGAACCUUUAUCAGCUUAUGGCAGAUAUUAAACAUGCGACAGAAUGUACAAAAGACGUAGGGACAGUAUCAAAAUGUGAGAGUGCGAUUUCCUGUCUACAUAAUAUAAACGAGAAAGCUGUUAAUGAUAUAACACAGAGCCAAGAAGCAUUCGACGUCACCAUUCUUGAUACUAACGCAAGAAUUAACAAUCUUAAAACACUUCUGAAAAAUUGCAAAAAAACCGCAACCAUCAACAAUCUCAACGAACAAACACCCACGGUUAUAAGUAACGUAGAGAUUUGCAUCGCGGAAUUACGCACUGAUGUGACACCACAUGAUCCUGAAAAAUCUGACGAGGACACUGAACUGGCUUGUAAGGAUCCGGCCGAAAAUGCUGAAAACGAAGAUGAUUCAAAGGUGUCUGAGGAAUCUGAGCAAGCUGAGGAAGCUGCAAAUUCCGAAGGAUCUGAGGAAUCUGAGGAAGCUGAGGAAGCUGCAAAAUCCGCAGGAUCUGAGGAAUCUGAGGAAGCUGCAAAUUCCGAAGAAUCUGAGGAAUCUGAGGAAUCUGAGGAAGCUGCAAAAUCCGCAGGAUCUGAGGAAUCUGAGGAAGCUGAGGUAGAUGACGGCACAGAGGAAGCUGCAAAUUCCGAAGGACCUGAGGAAGCUGAGGAAGCUGAGGUAGAUGACGGCACAGAGGAAGCUGCAAAUUCCAAAGGAUCUGAGGAAUCUGAGGAAGCUGCAAAAUCCGCAGGAUCUGAGGAAUCUGAGGAAACUGCAAAUUCCGAAGAAUCUGAGGAAUCUGAGGAAGCUGAGGCAGAUGACGGCACUGAGGAAGCUGCAAAUUCCGAAGGACCUGAGGAAGCUGCAAAUUCAGAAGAAGCUGAGGAAGCUGAGGCAGAUGACGGCACUGAGGAAGCUGCAAAUUCAGAAGAAUCUGAGGAAUGUGAGGAAGAUGAUGAGGUAGAUGACGGCACUGAGGAAGCUGCAAAUUCCGAAGGACCUGAGGAAGCUGAGGAAGCUGAGGCAGAUGACGGCACUGAGGAAGCUGCAAAUUCCGAAGGACCUGAGGAAGCUGAGGAAGCUGAGGCAGAUGACGGCACUGAGGAAGCUGCAAAUUCCGAAGGACCUGAGGAAGCUGAGGAAGCUGAGGCAGAUGAUGGCACUGAGGAAGCUGCAAAAUCCGAAGGAUCUGAGGAAUCUGAGGAAGCUGAGGAAGCUGCAAAAUCCGCAGGAUCUGAGGAAUCUGAGGAAUCUGAGGAAGCUGAGGUAGAUGACGGCACAGAGGAAGCUGCAAAUUCCGAAGGACCUGAGGAAGCUGAGGAAGCUGCAAAUUCCGAAGAAUCUGAGGAAGCUGAGGAAGCUGAGGUAGAUGACGNCACUGAGGAAGCUGCAAAUUCCAAAGGAUCUGAGGAAUCUGAGGAAGCUGCAAAAUCCGCAGGAUCUGAGGAAUCUGAGGAAGCUGCAAAUUCCGAAGAAUCUGAGGAAGCUGAGGAAGCUGAGGUAGAUGACGGUACUGAGGAAGCUGCAAAUUCAGAAGGAUCUGAGGAAGCUGAGGAAGCUGAGGCAGAUGACGGCACUGAGGAAGCUGCAAAUUCCGAAGGACCUGAGGAAGCUGCAAAUUCCGAAGGAUCUGAGGAAGCUGAGGAAGCUGAGGCAGAUGACGGCACUGAGGAAGCUGCAAAUUCCGUAAAAUCUGAGGAAGCUGACGACUCAGAGGAAGCUCCCCCAUGUACGUGAAACGUUUUUGGCAACCGACGUGAUGCUAUUCAAUUUAUUUCAUAGCGCAUUAUAUAUAUAAAUUGGAUUAUUCCUUUAUACCUUUUCGAUAUUUUAUCCAAUCGUACAUAUUCCACAGCAAACCAUCCAUUCUUUGCCAUGUUUGUUGUUUGCCUUUUACCUUAUGUUAGAAUUCUUGUUUUGUUAAAUGUCCCCCUUUAUUUGUGCAGAUCUCCUUGCUGUUUAGCCAUAACUAUGGCGGGUAAUUACAAUUAUUAUGCACAUUGUGCUUAGUCCAUGAACAUAAUAAAUAUCUACCUAUCUCCCAUUAUUUAUGUCAUAUUUAUUAAUGCUGUGAUCCAGUUAAGUGCAAUAUUUAAGUACAGUUUGUCGCAUUUUAAAUGUGUGGAUAAAUAUGAUUUUGUAGGUGGAAUAUGUGGAUAGAGACUACAUUAGUUUCACAACGACAUUUUUUUUAGCAUUAUUGUCAUUCGAUCAAUCUUAUUCGUUGAUAUUUGUAUAUGUAUUAUAACGGGGUGCCCGGCUCGUCCCCGCUAUAAUUAGUUUAUCUACAAUAAAUAUUAGGAGUCCUGAUCGAGAUUCGAACCCGAUACCUUCGGACUGCUAAAUGGAGCACUUACCACUGUGCCACUGAACCCGCUGUCCGACCUGAUAAGUUCUAUUUAUUUAUUUUUUCGGUCAUUCCUAGGUGUACCCCCCUCCAGCUCUGUAACGCCACGUUACAGUAUAUACGAAACUAUAUUACGUUGGUUCCAAACGAAUAUAAGGGUACAUAAUAUAGAACCAUUACUUUUAUCACACCAGUUAUUAAGUCUUAUUCGUGUCUCUCUUAAAGAAAUAAAUCUUAUCUUACCUUUUAUCUGCUUUACAGCGUUAACAGCUGUUAAUAAAUCGUAUAUUAUAACAUCA